AUGGAAGGGCGAAUCCCCAAUUCAUCCAAUUCCAACUUUGCUGUGCACAGUGCGGCUCAAGCCAGAGCCGUUCAAUCCAAUUGGGAAACAAUGCAGAGACUUGCCGCGGUUCCGGCUGUGGCAGUCACCCUGGCAAUUGCGGCAUGCACCCUGCAGGGCUGCGAAGAAAGCAUGCUUGAUGUGCCAAAGAUGGAUGACUUUGCCAUCUCGCUGCCUCAGAAGUGGUUCAAUCCACACAAACUUCCAUACUGGCGCUUGGAAACUGACUACUGGAUGAAGGAAUCUUACUUGGAUCCGAAGUCUAAAGAUGCACGUUUCAAUUCUUGCAACAACCCGCGCUUGAAGAUUGCGGAUGUGUGCAGUGGUCGUGGCUCUUGCCUCCCAUUUGGAGAUACAGGUGUCUCAUUUUGCCGAUGCAAUCCUGGAUUUGGUGGAGCAGAAUGCGAGUCGAAGAGGCUAAGCCAACUCACUGCCUGGUUCUUGUGCCUGUUCCUGGGUCCCUUCGGCGCCGAUCAAUACUACCUGGGAUGGUAUCCCGAAAUGCUGAUCACUCAGAUUCUCUCGAUUCUGGGUGUGGUGCUUCUGGUGGCCAUUCCAAACUCAAAGCUUCCAGGCUUAGUGGUGCUGCUGGGCUCCUGGAUGCGACACGUGGUGAUCAUCGGGUCAGCCCCGGCGCAAGGAAUCACUGACCGCACGGCGGCGGAUUUGCCUCGCUGUGCCUUUGUGGCCUUCUCCAUGCUGUGGAUGGCAUUUAUUGCACUGGCAGUCUGCGUGCAUGACCUCAAGUACAAAACACAGGCGAGACUGCGAGAGAGUCGAUUUUUGAUUCUACAGAUGAUUUGUCUCGAUCUAUUGGUCUAUAUGUCUACCUGCCUGCCUGCUUGGCUGGCUGUGAGUCAGUCAGUCAGUCUGUUUGUUUGUCGGUCGGUCCGACGGUCUGUCUGUCUCUUGUGA